AUGUAUAGUUUUGCUUUAACCGCGGUUUUUUAUUUCAGGUUUGCGAUUUCGCUUCCGUCGUACGUUUUUGUUAGUGUGUUAACCGUCUCCGUGUAUUGUUGCGAAAAUAUUCGUGCUCAAGAUAGAGUUCAUUUGCAUGAGAUUUCAUGUUUACUCAGAGAAGUAAUGAUAUAUUUAAGUCAGUUUGCGAAACUGGUUACAUAUUUACGCAUAAUUUAA